UCGGCUCCGGUCGCCUCCGCGCGGCUCCCUGGGCUUCGACUCGGCUCUGUUCGGCUCCUGCUCGGGAAGGGUGCGCGGGGGCGAGUCCUGCGCAUGCGCCCUCAAUUCCUGCUGCUCUCAGGGCUGCGCUCAGCCUCGUGUUUUCACUUCCUUCUCCUCAGAGCUGUAUCCGGGUCGCUACUUUCCCUAUUGUCUGAGGCAGCCGGCCUCGCGCUGUGCAAUUUCUGGUCUUUUGUUGCUUCUGGUCCAGGCUAAUAAAGUUUUUCUUUCUUUAAUUUUUUUUCUUCUAGUUUUAACGGGAGAAAUUAACUCCCCAGGGCCGCCGAGUUGACUGCGCUGCCUGGGCCGGAGGUCUUCUCCGGCCAGGGAGCGCUGUGGGAAAGGGCUCGAGCGGCCAGGGCCAGGCGAGGCCGGGGGGGCGGGGGGUUAGGGGACCGCGGGGCUACUCUUGGGAGCGCCCCUGUCCGGCUGGCUGCGCGCCGGUUUUAAAUAGCAUCUUUCGGACUUGUCUUCCUCGGCGCUGCUUGGGCUCCUGCAGCCUCUCCCUAAGUGUCCUCCAAACGACCACCUCACGGAUUCCUUAUGGAUCGCAGCUCCAAGAGGAGGCAGGUGAAGCCUUUGGCAGCUUCUCUGCUGGAAGCUCUUGAUUAUGAUAGUUCAGAUGACAGUGAUUUUAAAGUUGGAGAUGCCUCAGAUUCUGAAGGGAGUGGUAAUGGAAGUGAAGAUGCUUCAAAGGACAGUGGAGAAGGUUCCUGUAGUGAUUCUGAAGAAAAUAUUUUAGAAGAAGAACUGAAUGAAGAUGUUAAAGUAAAAGAAGAACAACUUAAAAAUUCUGCAGAGGAAGAAGUACUAUCAUCAGAAAAACAGUUAAUUAAAAUGGAAAAGAAGGAGGAAGAAGAAAAUGGAGAAAGACCUAGAAAGAAAAAGGAGAAAGAGAAGGAAAAAGAAAAGGAAAAGGAGAAAGAGAAGGAAAGAGAGAAGGAAAAAGAAAAAGCAACAGUAUCUGAGAAUGUGGCUGCUUCUGCUGCUGCCACCACACCAGCCACAAGUCCUCCUGCUGUUAACACAUCCCCUUCUGUUCCCACUACGACAACUGCUACAGAGGAACAAGUCAGCGAGCCAAAAAAAUGGAACCUUCGACGAAACCGACCACUUCUGGAUUUUGUGUCCAUGGAAGAGCUGAAUGACAUGGAUGACUAUGACAGUGAGGAUGACAAUGAUUGGCGACCUACUGUAGUAAAGAGAAAAGGGAGAUCUGCAUCUCAGAAAGAGGGAAGUGAUGGAGACAAUGAGGAUGAUGAAGAUGAGGGAAGCGGGAGUGAUGAAGACGAGAAUGAUGAAGGCAAUGAUGAAGAUCAUAGUAGCCCUGCCAGUGAAGGGGGUUGCAAGAAGAAGAAGAGUAAAGUUCUUAGCAGAAACAGUGCUGAUGAUGAGGAACUGACCAAUGAUAGCCUGACCCUAUCUCAAAGCAAGAGUAAUGAGGACUCGCUGAUUCUUGAGAAGAGUCAAAACUGGAGCUCUCAAAAAAUGGACCAUAUUCUGAUUUGCUGUGUUUGUCUGGGAGAUAAUAGUGAGGAUGCUGAUGAAAUAAUUCAGUGUGACAAUUGUGGCAUUACAGUCCAUGAAGGUUGUUAUGGAGUCGAUGGAGAGAGUGACUCUAUUAUGAGUUCAGCUUCUGAAAACUCCACCGAACCUUGGUUUUGUGAUGCCUGUAAAUGUGGUGUUUCUCCUAGCUGUGAACUGUGUCCUAAUCAGGAUGGAAUUUUCAAGGAGACAGAUGCUGGAAGAUGGGUUCAUAUUGUUUGUGCCCUGUAUGUUCCUGGAGUAGCCUUUGGAGAUAUUGACAAAUUACGACCAGUAACACUAACGGAAAUGAACUAUUCCAAAUAUGGUGCCAAGGAGUGUAGCUUUUGUGAAGACCCUCGCUUUGCUAGAACUGGGGUUUGCAUUAGCUGUGAUGCAGGGAUGUGCAGAGCCUAUUUCCAUGUGACCUGUGCUCAAAAGGAAGGUCUGCUUUCAGAGGCAGCAGCAGAAGAGGAUAUAGCAGAUCCAUUCUUUGCUUAUUGUAAGCAACAUGCAGAUAGAUUAGACAGAAAGUGGAAGAGAAAAAACUACUUGGCUCUACAGUCCUAUUGUAAAAUGUCUUUGCAAGAGAGAGAGAAGCAACUAUCACCAGAAGCACAGGCAAGGAUCAAUGCCCGGCUUCAGCAAUAUCGUGCCAAAGCAGAACUAGCUCGAUCUACCAGACCCCAGGCCUGGGUUCCAAGGGAAAAAUUACCCAGACCACUCACCAGCAGUGCUUCAGCUAUUCGUAAACUUAUGCGGAAAGCAGAACUCAUGGGGAUCAGUACAGAUAUCUUUCCAGUGGACAAUUCAGAUACUAGUUCUAGUGUGGAUGGAAGGAGAAAACAUAAGCAACCAGCUCUCACUGCAGAUUUUGUGAAUUAUUAUUUUGAGAGAAAUAUGCGCAUGAUUCAAAUUCAGGAAAAUAUGGCUGAACAAAAGAAUAUAAAAGAUAAAUUAGAGAAUGAACAAGAAAAGCUUCAUGUAGAAUAUAAUAAGCUAUGUGAAUCUUUAGAAGAACUACAAAACCUGAAUGGAAAACUUCGAAGUGAAGGACAAGGAAUAUGGGCUUUACUAGGCAGAAUCACAGGGCAGAAGUUGAAUAUACCGGCAAUUUUGCGAGCGCCCAAGGAGAGAAAACCAAGUAAAAAAGAAGGAGGCACACAAAAGACAUCUACUCUUCCUGCAGUACUUUAUAGUUGUGGGAUUUGUAAGAAGAACCAUGAUCAGCAUCUUCUUUUAUUGUGUGAUACUUGUAAACUACAUUACCAUCUUGGAUGUCUGGAUCCUCCUCUUACAAGGAUGCCAAGAAAGACCAAAAACAGUUACUGGCAGUGCUCAGAAUGUGACCAGGCAGGGAGCAGUGACAUGGAAGCAGACAUGGCCAUGGAAACCCUACCAGAUGGAACCAAACGAUCAAGGAGGCAGAUUAAGGAACCAGUGAAAUUUGUUCCACAGGAUGUGCCACCAGAACCGAAGAAGAUUCCGAUAAGAAACACGAGAACCAGAGGACGAAAACGAAGCUUCGUUCCUGAGGAAGAAAAACAUGAGGAAAGAGUUCCUAGAGAGAGAAGACAAAGACAGUCUGUGUUGCAAAAGAAGCCCAAGGCUGAAGAUUUAAGAACUGAAUGUGCAACUUGCAAGGGAACUGGAGACAAUGAAAAUCUUGUCAGCAGGAUGAGAUUGUCUGAAACGAAGAAUAGGUGUGAUGAAUGCAGACUCUGCUACCAUUUUGGCUGUUUGGAUCCUCCUUUGAAAAAGUCUCCUAAACAGACAGGCUAUGGAUGGAUAUGUCAGGAAUGUGAUUCUUCAUCUUCCAAGGAAUUCCAUCCAAGUCCUUAUGGGAGAUUUUCUAGAACUACAAAUGCGUGACAGACUAGCUAAGGCAAGUGAUAUUUCUCAAUAAUCAUUUGUAUUAAAAAUCUUUAAGUAGAGGACAUACGAUAUUUUUAAUUUUGGUUUUAUUUUUUAUCUUUUCUGCAUUGAAAUAAAUUCUAUAACUAUGUCAAAACAACAUGCAUAAAUAUAUAUUUUCAAGUAAAACAGUCAUUGAGAAUUUUGUCUCUUUAAGAACGGAACAAUCUCUUCAGGAGUAUCUUGCCACAAUACAUUAAACAAGCACAUUUAAUUGAACUUGUUAAUAUUGGAAAUUGAAUGUCUGAAUUUUAUGCAUUGAGAAGAUUUAUGAAAAAUAUAAAAUUAAAAUGAAUUAUCCUUUAAAGUUCUUUAAAAUUUGAAGCAUAUAACUGACACAUAAAAAAGGGACUUUUAAAUAUUUUAACUAUUCAUUUGACCUCUGAGAUUUUAUCUGACAUUAGAUUGAAUUUUAAGUUUCUGGAUUUUACAUGGCUGACAGAGACGUCAUUUUUAGGUAAGAUGUAUAUCACUCAGCUGUCUAAAUUCAGUACUCUUCUAGCGUUUGUGGGACAAGCUUACAAAAGCUUACAAAAAUGUGCUUCAUGGAGCUUUACUGAGUUUUGGUUUGCCUUUUUACUAAUACAGAUACGUAAAAAGUCUGGAAAAAAAGUUGUUUCUAUUGUGUCCUUUAUUAGAAUUAAAUAGAACAAAUCUGCGGUGUUUUGUAGACUUACUAAAAGUCUGAGAAUUAAAACUGUGGUAUGUGGUUAUCCUCAAAGAUGGUUUUAGUUUUGUAUUAAACUUUAGAUUUCCUCUUUCCUGGUGGGUGGGAUAAAGCCCACAGAUUUCCAGUUGAUCCUCUACUGUAGAACAAGGUCCUCAACUAAGUUCAGGCAGUUGCUAAUUGCUUCUAGCAUGUUCCUUGGCAAGUGAAAUUGUUUGUAUAAAUGUCUUUUAAUCCCUUAGUUUCUAAUUGAGUGCUGUACUUUGAGACUAUUAAUAAUUAUUUGCUUAACAAUCCCACUAAUUAUAGUUGGUACUUCGCUUUAAAAAAAAAAGUAGAGUGUUUUAUUGUUCAUACUGAACAUUUAUGUCCUGAAUUGAACUUAUUAGUCAUCAUUAUUGCCUGGUCAAGUAGGUGGUUUUAUUAAUACUUUAUUGUCCUAGAUGUGUUUUCUGAAACCUAUUUCUAGAUAAUGUUUUUAUCAAGUAAUCAUUUUCAGUAAAACAUAAAUUGUUCACUAGUCAUUCUUAAUAGUAUUAAUAGAAUUGGAAUCAGUAUUGAUCUGUUUAGUUCUAUAACCUAAGGUAGUUUUCAUGGGAAUCAUAUAAUAUAUAUUAAACAUAUAUACUUCAGUAAAUUAUUCCUUAAGAAUCAUUUUGAAAAUAUGAUUUAUUAAGAUAAGUUUGUCAGUGUUUAUGAUACACAUAUUUUGAUAUAUUUAAAUAUCAAAUUCACAGAGAAAGGAAAAUGGUUAGAACAUCUAAAAAUAGACCAUCUUUCUCUAUAUUAAUAAUUUACAAAAUUGAAAAACUAAGCCACUUUCUAAAUUACGCUUACUACAAACUUGAAAAACUAAGCCAUUUUCUAAGUGGCAUGUGGCCUGAUGCAUUUACAUAGCAUGCUGUGGAAUACCAUAUGUGAUGAGAAACUAAAUCAUAACUGAGAUAAUUAAUCAAAGUACAGUAGGGUGCCAUACAUAUAAAUGUCUUUUAAAAGACGCAAACCUCAUACUGUCCUUUAGUUUAAAAUUUUUUUGUGUGUUUUUAUUUUUUGUUAUUUCAUUAUUUCAGCUACUAAAAUGCUGAGAGUUAAGAUAAAGGACAUUUUAUUACGGCUUUACAAAAGUUAAUAAAAGUAUUUUUACCUUAUUAACCCAGCAUUUGAAAUAUUAAAAUUAGGUUAUAUAAUCAACCAAUAUAUCAUAGAUCAUACUGUUAUAAAAUUCCGAAGUGGUGGGGAAUAUAUUAAUUAUGUAAAUUUUUAUUCCAGUUUUUAUUUGUAGUGUGAGUAUGAGAGACAUGUUCAUUGUGAAAAGAUAGUCCUAGUGGAAUUAAACUAGUCUGUUCUCACAAUUGUGAAAAUAUCGCCUAAAUAAUAGAAAAGGCUUAAAUCCUGGCUUCAAAAAAACAAAGUGAGAUUGCAUGCAUUGUAGAUGUAGAUAUAGUGAGAGUAAUUUGGUUCCUCUAAUUUAUUAAACAUUUUAAUUAGUUCAUAAUUUUAUAAAAUUAUCUGUUAAAAAAUGUUGUUUCCAACCUACAUAUUGUGGUUUAAGAAGUGCUCUUUUGCUUGUGACUAAGAGACUUCUUCAAGAAAACUUUCAAAUCUAUGCCAAGAAAAUUCAAAGAAUGAACUCUGGUAGUUAAUGGAAUUGAGUUCUUUGAAAUCAAAUAUAGUUAAGCAUUCUAAUUUUGAUUUUCUGAUGGAAUCUUUCCUAGGUGUGAUAAGAAGUUGUAAAUUAGAGGUUAGAAACAUAAAGUGCAUCAUGCCACGUUAUUUGCCUUUUAAUACAUUCAUUUUUGAUGUUUCUGAAAUUAGAUUGUGUAUCUAUAAGCAGUUUUUAUCUUGAAGUGAUAAUAGUUAUUUUUCCCAAAAAAUUGCCAUUAAAUUGGUGGAGUUCUUAUAAUUGGAUGUGUCGUAUAGUAGGAAGAUAGAGUAAUUUAAAUUAUAUAGAAAGUUAAGUAUGCAAUUUGGUGUAGAUGAAAGUGUUUUUCUGAGCUUUGAAAAGAAACAAACUGGGCUCAAGUCUUAACUAUUUAUAGUACUUGUGAACUUCAGCAAGUUGUUUCACCUAAGCUUUAGGUUGCUCAUUUGUAGAAGGUUGAAUGGCAAUACUGGGAAGCAUAGAGGUGCUCAGUAAGUGACAAGCAUUUUAGGCACAGAGAGAAAAGUUCAAAAUUAGUGAUAAUAUUCUGAUUUUCAAAUGUUAAGAAAUGUUUUUUAAAAGUAACCUGAAGAGUAAUUUUCUGUUUCAUUUUCUGCCUUCACACACAUCAAAUGAAAAUCUUUCCUGUCUCAGAGUUUCACACUAAACAGAGGAAGGUCAUGUCUAACUUUUUCAUGCAGAAAAAAGUCCAUUUGUUAUAAUUUCUUGGUAGCAAUGAAAGCUAUCUUUAUAAUUAAUGUAUUUUUAAACCAUGGCAUUCAUGGCUCUCUAAAUUUUUUAAAGUAUAUGCUAUCCUAUCAGAUUUUCUAAAUGUACUAUAUAGUUGGUACUUUUAAUAUUGAUGGUAAUUCAUAUUUCACUUUAAAUAUAGAAUUAUGGUCCUCUGUGAAUCAUGCAGUAAUAUAUUUAUUUUAUAAGUAGAGAGAAUGAUAUUUAGAAAGAAAAGGUUUGUUUUGUUUAGGCCAUAUUUAAGCCACUGACUCUGCCUGUUAUGAAUAAUAGGAAAAGAUCUAACUCAUAUGGAAACUUGUUUUUUACUGAAGACAUAUUUUAGUAACAAGUGAAGAAAUAUCCAAGAAAUUUUUCUUAGACUAUAAAGGCAUAUUUUUCUUUGUCAAGGUCAUUAAAACUGUAAACUUGAAACUGAAAUGAAAAUACAAAGUAAAUAAAAUGUAAAUGUAACAAACCACUGAAGACAGUUGUAAGACAAUUUAUAAGACACUUUGUCAAGGUGUAUGCAGUUUCUGAUAACAAAAGUUUCAUCAGCCCUAAAGAAUGACUUUUUAACAGGUAAAUAUCAGCAACACACCCUUUUUAUUAUAUACAUGUGGAAUCUUUUAAGGAUGGAUAUGUUGGAAAAUCUGGGCCAGCACUUUCACGUUCCUUGUCGAGUCUGGAAGUUAAGGUUUUUAACUUUUAGAGCAUACUGUAUAAACACAUAUAGAAUUUCAGAGCAUGAUUAUGUGCCAUCAAUAUGCCUUACAGCAUUUAUGCAAAAGAAAACCUUACGCUUAAGUAAGGAAAUGUGUACUAAUUCUCCGAUGCUACUAAUUCUUUUCUUUUAGAAAGGGAGACUUUCAGUACAGUAGCCUCCCCCCACUGCCUACUUAAUUGCAGGGGAUAUGUUCCAAGACCCCUAGAAGAUGCCUUAAACCAGUUAUUUUUUCCUAGUCAUGUCUUUUCAGUGAAAGGAAAUAUCUUAUGGCUUCUCUUUGGCAUAUCAAAAUUGUUAACAUCACUACUCUUGCACUUCCGGGUUGUUACUAAGUAAAAUAAGGGUUACUUGAACACAAGCCCUGCAAUACUGUGAUGGUCGAUCUAGUCACUGAGACAGCUGAGUGACUAACGAGCAGGUAGCACAUACAGUGUGGACAUAUUCUGGGCAAAGGGAUGAUUCAUGUCCCAAGUGGGAACAAGUGGGACAACAUGAGAUCUCAUCAUGCUGUUCAGAAUGGUAUGCAAUUUAAAACUUCCAAACUGUUUAUUUCUGGAAUUUUUUUUUUUCUAUAAGUUCUGGGGUACAUGUCCCGAACGUGCAGGUUUGUUCCAUAGGUAUACAUGUGCCAUGGUGGUUUGCUGCACCUGUCAACCCGUCAGGCAUUUUAAGCCCUGCAUGCAUUAGGUAUUUGUCUUAAUGCACUUCCUCCCCUUGCCCCACCCCCCGACAGGCCUGGGUGUGUGUUGCUUCUCUCCCUGUGUCCAUGUGUUCUCAUUGUUCCACUCUCACUUAUGAGUGAGAACAUGGGGUGUUUGGUUUUCUGUUUCUGUGUUAGUUUGCUGAGAAUGAUGGCUUCCAGCUUCAUCCAUGUCCCUGCAAAGGACAUGAACUCAUUCUUUUUUAUGGCUGCAUAGUAUUCCAUGGCAUUUCUGGAUUUUUUUAUUUAAUAUUUCCAGAUCACAGUUUACCAUGGGUAACUGAAACCUGGGAAAGCAAAACUACAGUUAAGGGGAGAUUACUGAUUGUACUUUAUAUACAUAUGUGUGUGUGUGUGUGUGUGUGUGUGUCAAAGGGUAGUGAUUCAUACAUAUAAAUUCUUCAGAACCCUAUCUUUAUGCCCUACAAUUAUUUCCCUUUCUACCUCCUGCUGUCCUGAUUCCCAGUAGAGGGAACCAUUAAUGAUAUACUUCCUUAAUCAUAGCAUGUGUUUCUUUAUUUGUUUCCCUUCAUGUUACUUUAAAAAUUGAAUUAUCUCUUUCUGGGAAUAUCAGAUAUGCUGUUGUUAACACGUUUUUCAUUGGCAAAAUGCCAUUAACAAAUAAGGCAAAUUAUAAGAGUAUGGUCCACAUUGUCCUUCCACUGCCCUAUAGUUCCAGCUUAGUCCAGUCCUGCUGUAUAUUAAAUUAGUAGUAGCUUCAGGAGUGUUUUCUUGGUCACCAAUAAAACAUAUUCCCGUUCUGUUUUCCAAGUUCUGAAAUUGCCCAGCUGCAUGUCCAGGAACUUCUCUGAGCUGUAAAUUCAGUUUGUCAAAAUCAAGAAUCUUCCUCUAUUAUUCUGUGUCAUGUUUCAUCUGCCUUGUUGGUAAUUUCCUCCUUUUAAAAAUACUUCUUUCUUGCCUUCAGUGAACUUCUUCUCUCCUGCGUUCCCCUUUUCUUAGCGGACCAUUUCUUUGGUUUUUUUGAUAGGCUUCUCUAGGUUGGUUUCACAGUCUUUUUUUCUCGCUGCAGUUGACAGCAUCUAUACCCGAAGCUCAAUACCACACCCAUUUUGCAACAGGAAAUCUUGGGAUUUAGGAUUUAAGUGAUCCAUCUACUUUCUCUGAGUUAAUGUCCCUCAAGAGAGACCUUUUGCCUUUUAAAAUAUCCUUUUGUCUAGUAAUUAAGACAAUAUAGCAGUAAAUUUACAUAUAGGGUUUAAUUGGCCAUUUCCUCUUAUAGUCUCCUUUUACUAAGUAGUUUAAAUGACAUUUACUUAAGUAGGCGAAUGUGUAUUAAUUUGAUCUUCAAAUUAAAUAUUAUUCUGAAAAUAUGAUUAAAUAUGCUAUAAUUAAAGUGUUGGACUCUUGAAUUUUGAUUAACUUUAAAGCUAGAAAGUUGGCUGGGCGCGGUGGCUCAAGCCUGUAUUCCCCGUGCUUUGGGAGGCUGAGACAGGCGGAUCAUGAGGUCAGGAGUUCGAGACCAGCCUAGUCAAUAUGGUGAAACCCCAUCUCUAUUAAAAAUACAAAAAUUAGCUGGGUGCAGUGGUGCACACCUUUAGUCCCACCUACUCGGGAGGCUGAGACAGGAGAAUCACUUGAACCCAGGAGGCAGAGGCUGCAGUGAGCCGAGAUCACACCACUAUACUCCAGCCUGGGUGAAUCGCUUGAACCCAGGAGGCGGAAGUUGCAGUGAGCCGAGAUCAUGCCACUACACUCCACCCUGGGUGACAGAGCGAGACUCCAUCUCAAAAACAAAAAAUCUAGAAAGUAAUAAUUCAAAAUAGGAAUUUUGUUUAAUAUAGUAAAAUUGAUAUCCUGUAUAUAAAAUAUUGCUUUUAAAAAAUACAUGCCUCUCACUGUUUUUCUCCUUACUUUUUCCUUUUCUUUUUUCUAACUCCACUUUUCUGAAGAAAGUUGGUAUCAGGAAAAAAAAAUACACUUUGGGGUUUUAAAAAUAUUGUAAAGGUAGUAAAUGGUCAUUGUUGAAUAUUGGAAAAAAAUUUUAAACAUAAAGAAGAAAAGUAUUUUAAAUUAUCUGCAAUUUAGCACCUAAAGAUACUACAUUUCUGCUCAUGUUUUGGUAGUAUGUCCUACUACAACCUACUUUAAAAAAAAUUGCAGUUAUAUCAUACUUUCUGUUAUAUAAUGGUAUUUUAAAAAAUAUAAUUGUAUGUAUGGCAGUUUACCAUGUUGUUAAAUACUCUUACAUAAUCUAUUUUUAAGUGCUGUACAAUUUUUUAUACAAAUAUACUUUCAAUGUAAUGACUAGAUCAAACAAUAUAAACAUUUUUAAAAUAAGAAAGUAUCAUACUAAUAAUAAUAAUAUGUUAACAUUUUGUUGAGCACCACUAUGUGCCUGGCAUUAUCUAAGCAUUUAAAAUGUAUAAUUCUAUUUAAUCCUCACCACAACCUUUAAGGUGGUUAUUGGUUUUUUUAUCUCCUUUCUGCAGAUGAAAGAAAGAAAUGAGAUUCAGAGAAGUUAAGGAUUACACAGCUAAUAAGUGAUGUAACAGUGAUUCAAGCCCAGAUCUCCCUGACUCUAGAGCCUGUGUUUUAGAAACUAUAUUUUAUAUAUUAAAAUAGGUAUUUUCUAUUUCUUAUUGUAAGAGAUUCUCAAAUUAGAUUUUGUCCUAAAGCCAUUUUAGAUUUUCAUCAUGUAAAACUCAGAUAAUUUUUCUAUUAUAAAUAAACAUGACUUCUAAUCGGAAAGGGAAAAAUAUUAUUAAGUGGGAUCUGCUUUUGUCUUUCUAAUGGAUAGGGGAAUAAAACACAAAGAUAUUUUAAAACAAAUAAGUUGAUUAAAGAUGGUGCUAUGGUAUGGUGUGGGAAGAUGAAUGUGGAAGAUGAGAUAACUCCUCAGGGCCCUUUCUUCAUGAAAUUUAAUUAAAUAAGAUCUGUGUUAGGGGAGGUACCAUUUGACAAUAUGGAUGAUUUAUGUAGACACAGCAGAAACUAAUCUAUUGAACUUGGAGGGAGGUAAAGGAAAGGGAUCUAAAGGUGAUUUUUUUUAUUAGACACUAAGCACUGUAUUUUAGCUGAGUCAAAUCUUAGUUUUUAAUGUUUGUCAUGAGUUGUGAAGUUUGAAAACCUGUACUGUGAAAAGUAACUACAGCCAGCCACACUCAAUCCCUUUGCAAAGAUAGUUUAAGAAUAUUCUCAUUUGUGUAGUGUCAGCUAUUAUACUUUGUGUACACUGGCAGUUUUUAUAUGUUUUUAUCCUAGUAUCAGCAUUCUUUUGCAGUACACGUUUCUCGUUUUCAAAAGAAUACUUGCUUGUAAGUGUAUUAAGUAUAAAUACAAUUCAGUUUACACUCAUUUGUGUUAAUUCUUUUGCUGACAAUUCUUUUGUUAAUUCUUUUGAUUAUUAAACAAGGAGUACAAAAUUAUUACCUCACCUAUAAAAGGUUUAGAAAUGGUUCCCGCCUCAUUGACAGAUAAAGGUCUGUAUGUAACUGUUUUUAUUCUACUAUAUUUCCACCUGUGACCUAGCUCUGCCACCUCUUUUUGUGAUUUCAGACUUUUACAAGUUGUUUUAGGUUUAAUAUAUUGUUCUCUUUUUUUCCUCUGGACUAUAUUCAUAUGUUAAAUCUAAUCUUUGGUCACCUAAGAUACAACCUAUUUUAAUAUUUUCUCUGAAGGUUUCUUAAAGGUUUAUGUUGUAGUGUUAUACCUUCCUGGAAGUUAAGUCGGUUGUUAAAUGUACCUUCAAUAAUGGCUGCAAAUGAUUAUGUGCUUCACUGGUUUGAAAACUCUUUAAAGUGUGCUUAUAGAGGUUAACAUUUUAAAAAUCACUUUGAGAAGUUCAAGCUGUAUCAAAGCACUUUUGUCAGCAAUGUGUUCACUUUCGUGUUCUUCAGGGCUGGACCAUUCUCUCAAUUUUUAAAGACCAAUAGUAUUCUUUAUAUUCUGUUUCUAAAAUCAGAGUUCAAAAUUUAGAUGAUUAGUUAUUUGUAAAUCAUUUUUCCAAAGCACAGAUGUAUUGGUAGCUUAAUGCAGGUAAUGAGUAUAAGGUAUUUCAGCAUCAUUUCUUUAUUUUAAUGCAGCAAUUUCAACAACCAACAGCAAAUCAUCUUAAUGACUCAAUUUAAAAUUUAUCCUAGUAUCCAGUCAUUUGCUUAAUUAUUAAUUUUUACCACUUAAAACAAUUUUCAGAGUGUGAAUGAAGUGCAUAUUUUUAGGAUACAUUAUUUACUCUUUUAUAAGCAGGCUAAGUGCUAUAAAGGAUAGAUAUUUCUUUACCUUUCCUUGUGAACAGUGUUAAAGCUUUAACCUGUUUACAGCAUAAAGACUCUAUUAAGUACAAUCUCAAUCUUUAUUUUUUAGUAUUCUCAAAUCUACUACAUAUGAAUCUAAUUUUUGCAGUGAAAUAAACUUUCUUUCUUCGUUAUUUAGCUGUUUCAAAAUCCCUAACUUUUCUCUUCCUGUCUACUCCUUCCUUUCUCCUUCACAUUUCCAAGCAGUAUUUGGAAACAUGACAAUAUAUUUGUCAAGUAUGUUUAUGUUCCUUUAUCAAUAAAAAGCUUCCCUAAGAUAGCAGUGUCCCUAAUAGGGUAAAAUACAGUUAGCUGUAUUUUUUUUAACCUCCUCAUAGCAAUAGGAUGAAAAAAAAAAAAAAAAGCUACAGUCGGAAUUUGACAUCAUUAAACAAAAACUCUUCAAAUUAAACAGUAUAAAAAGAGACAAAAAAGUGGUUUUAUUUGCUCUUCAUAUUAAAUGCCUUAAGGAUUCUCAAGUGAGUUAUUUUUAAUAGACUAAUCUUCCAUUUUUCUUGUGAUUUAAGUAAAUUUUGCUCUUGAUUCCAAGACAAGGUACAAACAGAAAUGAGCUCGAUUCCUUCUAUCCCAGUGCCUUUAAACAUGCUCUGUUGGAGCUUCCUUUUUCCCCCAGUUACUCUCAGACA